GACCUGAGCGCCGAGCAGAUCGAGGCCUUGGCCGCCGAGCUCACCGAGAGCACCAAGCGGGUGUACGACCGGGUGGGCGCCCAGGAGCGGGGGGAGGUGUCCUACGAGAACACCCUCAAGGCCCUGGCGGACGUGGAGGUGGAAUACACGGUCCGCAGGAACAUGCUGGACUUCCCCCAGCAUGUCUCUCCUUGCAAAGCCAUCCGGGCUGCCAGCACCGAGGCCGACAAGAAGCUCUCUGAGUUCGACGUGGAGAUGAGCAUGAGGCAGGACGUGUACCAGAGGAUUGUCUGGCUCCAGGAGAAAGCAGAGAGUGCUUCCCUGAAGCCUGAAGCCAAGAGAUACCUGGAGAGGCUGAUCAAACUGGGCAAAAGAAAUGGUCUCCAUCUCCCUGAGGAAACACAGGAGAAAAUCAAAGCUAUUAAGAAGAAGUUGAGUGUCCUUUGCAUCGACUUCAACAAGAACCUCAACGAAGACACUACUUACUUGCCCUUCUCAAGGGAGGAACUAGGGGGGCUCCCUGAGGACUUCCUGAACUCCCUGGAGAAGACAGAGGAUGGCAAACUGAAAGUCACCUUGAAAUACCCACACUAUUUCCCUCUCCUGAAGAAGUGCUACGUCCCUGAGACGAGGAGGAAGGUGGAGGAGAUGUUCAACUCCAGGUGCAAAGAGGAGAACUGCCUGAUCCUCAAGGAGCUGGUGGACCUGCGUGCUCAGAAGGCUGAUCUGCUGGGCUUCCCCACACACGCCGACUUCGUGCUGGAGAUGAACAUGGCGAAGAACAGCGGGACGGUGGCGGCUUUCCUGGACGAGCUGGCCCAGAAGCUGAAACCCCUCGGGGAGAAGGAACGAGCUGUGAUCCUGGACCUGAAGAAGAAGGAGUGCGAGAAGCGGGGCCUGGAGUUCGACAACCGCAUCAACGCCUGGGACAUGCGCUACUACAUGAACCAGGUGGAGGAGACCAAGUACAGCGUGGACCAGAACCUGCUGAAGGAGUACUUCCCCAUGCAGGUGGUCACCAUGGGGCUGCUGGCCAUCUACCAGGAGCUGCUGGGGCUCACCUUCCACCUGGAGGAGAAGGCUCAGGUGUGGCAUGAGGACGUCCAGCUCUACACGGUGAAGGACACCUCCUCUGGGGAGACCAUUGGCAAGUUCUACCUGGACCUGUACCCACGGGAAGGGAAGUACGGACACGCCGCCUGCUUCGGGCUGCAGCCCGGCUGCCUCCUGCCCGACGCCCGGCGCCAGAUCUCCGUGGCUGCCAUGGUGGCCAAUUUCACCAAGCCCACAUCAGAUGCCCCUUCCCUGCUCCAGCACGACGAGGUGGAGACCUACUUCCACGAGUUUGGACACGUCAUGCACCAGCUCUGCUCUCAGGCUGAGUUUGCCAUGUUCAGUGGGACACACGUGGAGCGGGACUUUGUGGAGGCGCCGUCCCAGAUGCUGGAGAACUGGGUGUGGGAGAAGGAGCCGCUGCUGCGCAUGUCCCGGCACUACAAGACCGGCAGCCCCAUCCCUGACGAGCUGCUGGACAAGCUCAUUAAAUCCCGUCAGGCCAACACGGGGCUCUUCAACCUGCGACAGAUCGUCCUGGCCAAGGUGGACCAGGCCCUGCACACCCAGACCAAGGCAGACCCUGUGGAGGUGUUUGCCCAGCUGUGUGAGGAGGUGCUGGGUGUUCCUGCCACCCCAGGAACAAACAUGCCUGCUACCUUUGGCCACUUGGCUGGUGGCUACGAUGCCCAGUACUAUGGCUACCUCUGGAGCGAGGUGUUCUCCAUGGACAUGUUCCACACACGCUUCAAGCAGGAGGGGAUCAUGAACUGUAAGGUGGGCAUGGACUACAGGAAUUGCAUCCUGCAUCCUGGUGGUUCCCUGGAUGCUUCCGACAUGUUGAGGAAGUUCCUGGGCCGUGAGCCCAAGCAGGAAGCCUUCCUGGCCAGCAAGGGACUGAAGGUGGAGAGCAACUCGCUGCCUUCAGCCUGCUGA